CUAUCUGAGGAAAGAUGUCUUUGCUCCUCGUUCGCCAAACCACUACUUUUAUACUAUUAUGCGCAUUGUGUUGCUGUGUAAGCGUAAAAUAUGAACCUAACUGGGAAUCAAUAGAUUCUCGUCCUUUACCAAACUGGUAUGAUGAAUCAAAAAUUGGAAUAUUCAUUCACUGGGGGGUGUUUUCCGUGCCGAGUUUUUCGUCGGAGUGGUUCUGGGAAUUGUGGAAAGGACAGAAGAUACCAGGUGUUGUUGAUUUCAUGAAUAGAAACUACAGACCAGACUUCACCUAUGCUGAUUUUGCUCCCCAGUUUACGACAGAAUUUUACAACGCCGAUGAGUGGGCCGACAUUUUAGCCGCAUCCGGAGCAAAGUAUGUAGUUUUGGUGACGAAACAUCAUGAAGGCUACACCAACUGGCCAUCAAAAGUGUCAUGGAAUUGGAAUUCCAUGGAUGUUGGUCCCAAGCGAGAUCUUGUGGGAGAGUUAGCUGUAGCUGUCAGGAAGAAGGAGGGAAUAAAGUUUGGUACCUACCAUUCACUGUUUGAAUGGUAUAACCCACUCUAUCUUAGUGAUAAAGCAAAUGGCUUCAAAACUCAAGACUUUGUUAGAGAGAAGACUUUACCAGAAUUAUAUGAGUUGGUGAAUAACUACAAAUCUGAUGUGAUCUGGUCUGAUGGAGAUUGGGAGACCACUGAUGUUUACUGGAAUGCCACCGAGUUCCUUGCUUGGCUUUACAAUGAAAGUCCAGUCAAAGACAGCGUGGUGGUAAAUGACAGAUGGGGCAAGAACAUCAGAUGUAAACAUGGUGGCUUUCUGAAUUGUGAUGAUAGGUACAACCCAGGUGUGCUACAGAAAAGAAAGUGGGAAAACAGCAUGACUAUUGAUAAGUAUUCGUGGGGCUACCGUCGACGAGCCAGAUUGGAUGACUUUCUGACCAUGGAGGACAUCACCAGUGUUAUAGCAUCAACUGUCAGUUGUGGAGGUAACCUUCUGAUCAACAUUGGGCCAACUCAUGAUGGCAAAAUUGUCCCCAUAUUUGAAGAAAGGCUGCGACAGAUGGGAGAGUGGCUAGGUGUCAAUGGUGAGGCAAUAUACGCCUCUAAACCCUGGUCACAUCAAAAUGACACACUGGCUAGUGGGGUCUGGUACACCUCCCAGAAGUCAACCAAUGGAACAUCUGUAUAUGCUAUUGUGUUAGACUGGCCAGACAACAACGUCCUCAAGUUAGGGGCACCAGUCGCCUCCCAUGCCUCCAUGGUCUCUCUGCUGGGAUAUAAAGGAUCGUUGACCCUCACCCCUGGCACUGGGUCAGGAGUCACUGUGACCAUACCCCCCAUCUCUGUCAAUGAAUUCAAAGUCCGAUGGGCAUGGGUGUUUAAGUUUACCAAUUUACAGAAUUAAAUGCCGUAUGUUCUAUUCCACUGUGUAUAACAUUAUAUCUACCAUGGAUAUGUUUUUAUCAUUACACAUUCCUCCACAGGUUUAUACUAUUAUGGAUUUUAAGUUGCCAUGAUGUUGUCAAUUUUAAUUUAUCUAAUUUGUCAUAAAUGUGAUGCCUUUUGGGAUUUUGCACCAUUAUGAUAACGUUGUCAACGGUGAUUCAGUAAAUGAUACAUGUUAAUAGUUUUAACUGUAAAAUCAAAAUAAAAUCUAAUUGUAUGCUGUAUUCUUAUGUAUAAUGACAGGGAAUGAUCACAGUGAAAUUAAUUCUGUUUAAAAGACAACAAGGUUUUUACAUGCUCUGAUCUGUAUAUUUGAUAAAUGGAUAGUUAGCAUGUUAUGUUUCUGAAGUUAUAGCUCAGUAAUAUGACAAAGUCAGAGAUGUAUGUACGAUUUAUAACUGCCAUACCAAACAUUGACAGAUAACCCAAUGUUCACUCGAUUGUGUUGUUGUUUUGUAUAAUUCAAUUAUAUUUGUGUAUAUAGAUAUCUUAAUUUUUUUCUUAUGAAAUUGUAUUUACCAAAAAUAUUUUUUAUUGGUCUUUUUCCUACAUUUGCAUUUAUUUAAAAAAUGUUUUAUUUAGGUUUUAACCUGCCAGUUUAAAAUUUUAUAGAAAAAAAAUGACUGAAUUAAAGCUUUCAUUCUCCAGGCACCUUAUUUAUCAAACAUUAAAACAGAAGAGCAGUUUAAAUGCAGGGGACAUACUUCAAGGAUUUUUGAAUGGAAUUUUCAAUAGGAAAUAUACCAGCUUAACUCAGUUUUUUCAUACUUAAUAGUUUGAUAUUACUGUGAUUUUCAAAAACAAAUGCAGUGAACAUUGGUCAAAUUUUAAAUAUCAUUAUUUAUUGAGAAAUGUAGAACAUUAUAAUGCUUGUGUUGAUACAUGUUUUACCAGAUUUUAUAAGAGUUGUUUUGUGUGUGUUCAUGUGUUAGAGAGAACCAUAUCAUGAUUCCAACUGUAAUUUUAAAGCAAGUUCGUUCACUUAUGAAAUGUCUUUCAAAAAUGCUUAUAAUUUUUAAACCUUUUGUUAUUUCAUAAAAUUAUUCAGUUUUUAAGAUAUACAAUAAGAUGUACAAUGUUUAGUACAGUCGCCAGUUAUAGCUGUACAAUGUUUAGUAUAGUCAUAAAAAGUUUGGUACAGCUACCAGUUAUAGCUGUACAAUGUUUAGUAUAGUCAUACAAAGUUUGGUACAGCUACCAGUUAUAGCUGUACAAUGUUUAGUAUAGUCAUACAAAGUUUGGUACAGCUACCAGUUAUAGCUGUACAAUGUUUAGUAUAGUCAUACAAAGUUUGGUACAGCUACCAGUUAUAGCUGUACAAUGUUUAGUAUAGUCAUACAAAGUUUGGUACAGCUACCAGUUAUAGCUGUACAAUGUUUAGUAUAGUCAUACAAAGUUUGGUACAGCUACCAGUUAUAGCUGUACAAUGUUUAGUAUAGUCAUACAAAGUUUGGUACAGCUACCAGUUAUAGCUGUAAAUGUUUAGUAUAGUCAUACAAAGUUUGGUACAGCUACCAGUUAUAGCUGUACAAUGUUUAGUACAGUCGCCAGUUAUAGCUGUACAAUGUUUAGUAUAGUCAUACAAAGUUUGGUACAGCUACCAGUUAUAGCUGUACAAUGUUUAGUAUAGUCAUACAAAGUUUGGUACAGCUACCAGUUAUAGCUGUACAAUGUUUAGUAUAGUCAUACAAAGUUUGGUACAGCUACCAGUUAUAGCUGUACAAUGUUUAGUAUAGUCAUACAAAGUUUGGUACAGCUACCAGUUAUAGCUGUACAAUGUUUAGUAUAGUCAUACAAAGUUUGGUACAGCUACCAGUUAUAGCUGUACAAUGUUUAGUAUAGUCAUACAAAGUUUGGUACAGCUACCAGUUAUAGCUGUACAAUGUUUAGUAUAGUCAUACAAAGUUUGGUACAGCUACCAGUUAUAGCUGUACAAUGUUUAGUAUAGUCAUACAAAGUUUGGUACAGCUACCAGUUAUAGCUGUACAAUGUUUAGUAUAGUCAUACAAAGUUUGGUACAGCUACCAGUUAUAGCUGUACAAUGUUUAGUACAGUCGCCAGUGAUAGCUGUACAAUGUUUAGUAUAGUCAUACAAAGUUUGGUACAGCUACCAGUUAUAGCUGUACAAUGUUUAGUAU